UCAGAAUCCUAGCUAACAUGGGUAAAGCGAUGAUGAUGUUAUGCUUUUUGUUACCGUUGAUAUUUCAAAUAUGUUUAAUGGCUUCCGCUGAAGUUAAGCAUUAUGAUUGGGAUGUUGAGUACAUGUAUUGGAAACCAGACUGUGUUGAACAUCUGGUUAUGGGUAUUAACGGAAAGUUUCCUGGUCCUACAAUCAGGGCUAAAGCUGGUGAUACAGUUCAAGUUAAUCUCACUAACAAACUUGGAACUGAAGGUCUUGUUAUCCACUGGCACGGCAUCAGACAAAUAAAUACGCCAUGGUUCGAUGGAACUGCGUCCAUCUCACAAUGCGCUAUCGAUGUCGGGGAGAGUUUUGUCUAUAACUUCACGGUCGACAGGGCGGGAACAUAUUUCUACCAUGGACACUUUGGGAUGCAAAGAUCAGCUGGAUUAUACGGAUCGAUAGUAGUUGAUGUGGCAGAUGGAGAGAAGGAACCUUUUGCAUAUGACGGAGAAAUCAAUUUGUUAUUGAGUGAUUGGUGGCACGAGAGCGUCCACGAACAAGAAGUCGGUCUCUCGUCUAAACCCUUCCGUUGGAUUGGCGAACCCCAGUCCAUUUUGAUUAAUGGGAAAGGACAGUAUAACUGCUCCCUGGGGGCCAAGUUUCUCAAUGACUCGGCUGCCACAUCGUGUUCAGAUACUGAAAUGUCCCCUCAGUGCCAACCCGACAUUCAAAGCGUGGAUCAAAACAAGACUUAUAGAGUGAGAAUUGCAAGUACCACAUCACUUGCCUCUAUAAGUUUUGCCAUUGGGAAUCAUAACAUGACAUUGGUGGAAGCUGAUGGGAACUACAUUCAACCAGUGUCAGUAGAUAGCCUCAACAUUUAUUCCGGCGAUACGUAUUCAGUUCUUAUUACAACAAAUCAGGAUCCAUCAACAAACUACUGGAUAUCAGCAUAUCAAAUAGCAAGAAAACCUCCUCUUCCUCCACCUGGUCUUACCAUCUUAAACUACAAACCCAACCCUGUUUCAGAUACACCCUUAUCUCCUCCUCCCACCUCUCCUGGAUGGAACGAUUUUGCCGGAGGCAAAUCCUUCGCCAACAAAAUUCUUGCAUUAAAGUCUGAUCAGCACACCAUACCCAAACCUCCAACUAAAUUCGACCGUCGAGUCGUUCUUUUAAACACUCAAAAUAGAAUCAAUGGUCAUAUAAAAUGGGCCAUUAACAAUGUCUCCUUAGUUCUACCAACAACUCCUCUUAUAGGCUCCCUCAAGUUCGGACUGAAAAAUGCUUUCGAUGGUAAAAGACCGGCAGAGGAUUUCCCAUCUACUUACGACAUCAUGCAGCCACCUGUGAAUCCUAACUCGACUUACGGAAAUAAUUUAUAUAAUUUUGAUUAUAACAUCACUAUUGAUGUGAUCAUACAAAAUGCUAACGUAUUGUCAGCGAAUGUGAGCGAGGUUCAUCCAUGGCAUUUACAUGGUCAUGACUUCUGGGUUUUGGGUUAUGGAGAUGGGAAAUUUUCCGAGGAAAAUGAUGGCAAAAUUUUGAAUUUGGAUGACCCGCCGUUGAGAAAUACCGUGGUAAUUUUUCCUCACGGAUGGACAGCGAUAAGGUUCGUGACAGAUAACCCAGGUGUUUGGCCUUUCCAUUGCCAUAUUGAGCCUCAUUUGCAUAUGGGUAUGGGUGUAGUUUUCGCAGAAGCUGUAGAUAAGAUCAAAACUAUACCGGAUGGAGUUCUAACAUGUGGGUUAACAGCGAAGAAUGGCGGCCUUGUUGGCGGAAGCAGUUCAGGGCCACCAGGGGCAGCUGUCUCAACUCAUUAUCUGCUUUAUAUCUAUUUGUUUUACGUUAUAUAUUCUUUCAUUUGAGUGAGGGUAGCGAGUCAUUGACCCAUUAACGCGUAAGUACCCCUUGUAGCAACCUUGCUGUUUACGAGGAGUUACUAUGCAUGUAAUAAUAUAUACUACUUUGUGUGACAAGGGCAUUAGGCAAUGAUAAGGAAACAUGACCAUGAUUUACUCUC